GGCCUCUGUAAGAAAACCUGAAUCACUACAGCUCAGACUGUAGCCAUGAGGCGGCCCCCAGGGGAUGGAGACUCCACCGGAGAAGGCCCAGGCAACUGGGGCUUAUGGGGAGCCCAGGAGUCCAGGAGGCUGUGCUGUGUUGGUCCGGACCGCUGUGGACAGGCAUUGCUGCAGAUUGGGCUUAACAUGAUGGCACUGCCUGGAGACCACCACCUGGAUUCCAUUCCUCUGCAAGAGCAGAGGCUACACUUCAUGCAGGUGGACUCGGUUCAGCGAUGGAUGGAGGACCUGAAGCUCAUGACUGAGUGCGAGUGCAUGUGUGUCCUGCAGGCAAAGCCCAUCAGCCUGGAGGAAGACAUGCAAAGUGACCUUAUCCUAGCAGGUGGUCCUGGUCCAGGAGAUCCUCUACAGCUGCUCCUGAAGCGGGGCUGGGUCAUCAGCACAGAACUUCGAAGGAUCGGACAGAAGCUGGCCCAGAACCGCUGGGCACGUGUGCACAGCAUGAGUGUGCGUCUGACGUGCCAUGCACGCUCCAUGGUCAGCGAGUACAGCUCCAUCAGCAGGACAACCUCACAGGAAAUGGGCCAGGCGGAGAAGCUGCUCAUGGAGAAAUGCUCUGAGCUCUCUGUAGUCACGGAGAGGUGCCUCCAGGUGGAAAAUGAGCAUGUUCUGAAGUCAAUGAAGGCCUGUGUGAGUGAGACCCUGAGCAUGCUGGGCCAGCACUUUGGCCAGCUACUGGAACUUGCCCUCACACGGGAAGUGCAGGCACUUGUGAGAAAAAUUGAUACCUCAGACAAUAUCUACAUCAUGGAGUCUACCACGGGGAACCUGUUCAGCCUGACCCAGGAGGGGGCUCCUCUAUGCCGCAUCAUAGCCAAGGAAGGUGGGGUUGUAGCCCUCUUCAAGGUCUGCCGGCAGGACAGCUUCCGGUGCUUGUACCCCCAGGCACUCCGCACACUGGCCUCUAUCUGCUGUGUAGAAGAGGGUGUCCAUCAGCUGGAGAAGGUGGAUGGUAUCCUGUGCUUGGCAGACAUCUUGACUGAUGACAGCCACUCGGAGGCCACUCGAGCAGAGGCUGCAGCGGUGGUAGCCCAGGUUACCUCCCCACAUCUGUCCUUCUCCCAGCACCUCACUAGCUUUCUGGAGAACAUGGAAGAGAUUGUGACAGCCCUUAUCAAACUCUGCCAAGAGGCCUCAUCAGGGGAAGUCUUCCUGCUGGCCUCUGCGGCCCUUGCCAACAUCACCUUCUUUGACAAAAUGGCCUGUGAGAUGCUUCUGCAGUUGAAUGCAAUCCGUGUCCUCCUGGAAGCCUGUGGUGACAAGCAGAGAGUGGAUACACCUUAUACUCGGGACCAGAUUGUCACCAUCUUGGCAAACAUGUCUGUGUUGGAGCAGUGUGCCUCUGACAUCAUUCAGGAGAAUGGUGUCCAGCUCAUCAUGGGCAUGCUGUCUGAGAAGCCAAAGUCUGGGACGCCUGCAGAAGUGGCAGCCUGUGAAAGAGUACAGCAGAAAGCUGCAGUGACCCUGGCCCGCCUUUGCCGAGACCCAGAUGUGGCCCAGGAGGCCGUGCGGCUCAGCUGUAUGUCUCGCCUGAUUGAGCUCUGCAGAUCCCCCUCUGAGAGGAACAGUAGUGAUGCUGUCCUGGUGGCCUGCCUGGCUGCCCUGCGUCGGUUGGCUGGGGUCUGUCCCGAAGGCCUUCAGGACUCUGACUUCCAGCAGCUGGUCCAGCCUCGGCUUGUGGAUUCCUUCUUGCUGUGUAGCAAUAUGGAGGAGAGUUUUGUGUAGUGAGCAUGGGAAAGGAGGCACACUGUGUGCACGUCACAUGCUAGCUCUUCUCAGCCCCUUAUUUAUAUGUAAUUUAUUUUUUACAUGAAAUAGAAAGGGAAAUCUUUGUUAGUGAGUAGCUGGUCCUAGGGGAAUCCACCCCCCCCCUACACACACACACACACACACACACACACACACACACACCUCUGACUUCUGUGGCUAUGUAGGUACAGAAGUUGAAUUGUGUCAAGGCUAACAUGACAGGUUGUCACAGGUGACUCCCCUUCACGAUGCUUCCUCUCUCUCAGUAUAUUUUGCCUACUUAAAAAAACAAAACAAAAAAAGCCCAACUUUGAACCAGGGCAUUUUAACUGCCCAGCAUUUUUUAAAAGUUAGUUUUACUCUCUUCAGAAAUUUAAAGUGAAUUUUGCAUUUGGAAAGAUACACUGUAAGGAAUUGAUU